UCGAUGUGGAUGGCAUACCCCGCCUUUGUUUAUUUGCCAUUAUGGACAUUAAUGAAGGCGAUGAGAUCACGUAUGACUAUGGAGGAGAUGACUUGCCAUGGCGUUCUUGUCAUAAACAGAAUAUUUUGAAGUCUCUUCAUCAGCCCUUAUCUGUGACUACCGAACAGAAUCACAUCGAGUCUACUCAUGCACAUCUUAAAGAGUCUCUUCAUCAGCCCUUAUCUGUGACUACUGAACAGAAUCACAUCGAGUCUACUCAUGCACAUCUUAAAGAGGGACUAAUGCCUGGUUCCCCGAAGCAAUCUGAGAACCCAGGAUGUGUCUGUGAUGGUUGUAAAACACAUCAGCUUGUCAAAGAGGAGAUGACAUCUUUUGACAAAUGUUCUGUUUGUGAUGGACCUUUCUCCCCACUGAAGUGGUGGGGGCUGAGAUGCAAAGACUGCACUACUACAUGGCAUGUGUACUGUUACCAUAAAAAACAUGAAAGACUAAAGAUCUGGAAUGAAUCUGAAACCAGUGAAGAGGACAUAUCAGAUGAUGAUCCAGAAUAUGUUCCAGCUUCAGUAACUGAUUCAGAAGAUGAUGUACCACCAAGUACCUUGACAAAAUCUAAAGUUCUGGAAGAUAUACAAUCACCGAUGAUGGAUACAAGUCACAUCAGUGGAAUAACUGCAAAUAAAACAUCCACCAACAGAACAGACUCAACAACUGUAGCACAGAAGGGGCUCAAAGAGUAG